GCAGGUGUCCACAUACUUGUGGUCAUGUAGUGUAUUUAAUCAUGGCUGCAGCUGAAUGAAUGUACGAGUGUUCAGAAACAUCUAACGAAAUUAAUUAGGCUACAAUAUGUUGAAAUAUUAAGAGGUAAAGAAAAUAACGCUAUCCGUGCACUGUUAUCCAUUGACGUUUGCAGAUAUUUUUCGAAUCAGCAAGAUUAGGACACCAGGAAAUAAAAUAUCACAUUACGAGAUUCGCUUAUGCAAAGUCUGUUCUUUGCCYGCGUGGUCAGACAUCGGUCUGUCCCCACCGCGAGAACAAAAAAGAUGGCUAAUACUGUGGAUGAGGACGAGCAACAACCAUCUGCUGCUGAAUGUAAGAUCAUCAGAGUUACUGUGAAAACACCAAAGGAAAAAGAGGACAUCGCCAUUCCAGAGAACAGCUCCAUCAAACAGUUUAAGGAGCAGAUAGCCCAGCGGUUCCAGGCACAAACAGAGCASCUGGUGCUCAUCUUCGCUGGGAAGAUCCUCAAAGAUGCAGAUCUGCUGAGUCACCAAGGAAUCCACAACGGACUGACCGUCCACCUGGUCAUCAAGACCCAGAGCAGGCCUCCGGAGUUGUGUGCCUCUCCUUCCAACAGCACUGCCUCAGAACAGGCCCAACCAGAAGGCCCUACCUCUGUCCCUGGAYCCCCUCCUGUAGAACCUACCUCUGUCCCUCGACCCUCUCCUGUUUCUUCAGCCACCCCUACCCUCAGCCUUGGUCUAGGCAGUCCAGGGACAGCUGCUGCGGGUCCUGGUCUCGCUGAGCUGCAGAGGCAGCUGAUGUCCAACCCUGAGCUGCUGGCCCAUAUUAUGGACAGUCCCUUGGUCCAGGGCAUGCUGUCCAACCCAGACAUGAUGAGACAGCUCAUCAUGGCCAACCCCCAGAUGCAGCAGCUGCUGCAGCACAACCCCAACAUCACCCACCUGUUCAACAACCCUGACGUCAUGAGACAGACCCUGGAGAUAGCACGGAACCCGACCAUGAUGCAGGAGAUGUUGCGCAACCAGGACAGGGCACUAAGCAACAAUGCCCUCCGCAGGAUGUACACUGAUGCUCAUGCUCAGGGACCCGUGCUGAAUGCUGCUGCUCAGGAACAGAUUGCAGGAAACCCUUUUGCUUCUCUGAUGACCUCAUCAUCAGGGGAAACCCAGUCACCCCAGGUGGAAAAUGGAGACCCCCUCACCAACCCCUGGGUUCCCCCUGCUUCCACAGACACCCCUACAGGCACCGCCACACUCACCACUACCCCCACCCAGUCCAGCAAUGGCCCUCAGACCACCCUGCACAACCUAGGUCCUGCCAUGGGAGGUAGAACAUCUAACAGUGCAGGUAUGUUCAAUAGUCCGGGCAUGCAGAGUCUUCUGCAGCAGAUCACGGAGAACCCCACGCUGAUGCACAACAUGCUGUCAGCCCCCUACAUGAGGAGCCUACUCAACAGCCUGAGCCAGAACCCUGACCUAGCAGCACAGAUGAUGCUGAACAACCCACUGUUUUCUGGGAACCCUCAACUGCAGCAGCAAAUGAGACAACAACUCCCAAUGUUCCUCCAACAGAUGCAGAACCCUGAGAUGCUGUCGGCCAUGUCCAACCCCAGGGCCAUGCAGGCACUGCUGCAGAUCCAACAGGGACUGCAGACCCUUGCCACCGAGGCACCUGGAUUCAUACCAGGGGUUGRACUGGGAGGCGCCGGCUCAGAUCUUAACCCUGCCCCUGGAUUGUCAUCAGACCCCGCCCCUAGUGACCUCAGCUGUGGGUCCCAGGUAGUCACGGAAACGGGUCAGCGGCAACAACAACAGUUUGUGCGUCAGAUGCUAGACGCUCUCGCUAGCACCAAUCAGCAGGCUCAGACUGAAGAGCUGCCUUUCCAGCAGCAGGUGGAGCAGCUGACGACCAUGGGCUUCCUCAACCCAGAGGCCAACCUGCAGGCCCUCAUCGCUACCGGGGGAGACGUCAACGCUGCCGUAGAACGACUGCUGGACUCGCCACCCUUGUAAUACACACACACUUCACACGUGCACAUACAAUUAACAAAUUCACGUGCACACUCACUUGUACAAUCAUGCAGUUGUACGAUCAGAUGCUUGCACAUUCUUCACUCACAGAGAACUAGUGAAACAUGCACUCCUGAAUGCCAUUUAUAUUGUAUAUGUAAGCUGCUGAACUGUGAAGUGCAGGCCUGUCUGUGCUGUAUGUUCUGAAUGGCCUUAGUUGGUUCAGGCUCUAAUCUGGAUCAUGCUGGCUUCUGCCACAUUCCUUUAUGCACUAAGAGAGUCCCAUCCUAAGAGAGUCCCAUCCUAAGAGAGUCCCAUCCUAAGAGAGUCCCAUCCUAAGAGUCCUAUCCAAGGCUCUAAGAGUGAAUAUGCUGCUAGUCUCGCAUCAAGAUGUAUUUCCCUGCUGCUACCAAGGCCUUAAACCCAAAUCAGGAUGCUAAUAUAACCCAAGGGUUCCCUACUGGUGACCCUUGAGAGCAUGUGUAUAGCAGUCUUAGUUGUGUGUGUAAUGUGAACAGACUGCAUUCAUAAUGCACUAAAUGCUAUGUGUUCUUUUUGCCACUUCAUUAUGGUAUAGACUAGGGGAGGGCAGUUUUACCAACUUCAUUAUGGUAUAGACUUAGGGAGGCCAGUUUUACCACUUCAUUAUGGUAUAGACUAGGGGAGGGUAGUUUUACCACUUCAUUAUGGUAUAGACUAGGGGAGGGCGUAGUUUACCACUUCAUUAUGGUAUAGACUAGGGAGGCCAGUUUUACCACUUCAUUAUGGUAUAGACUAGGGGAGGGCAGUUUUUCCACUUCAUUAUGGUAUAGACUAGGGGAGGCCAGUUUUACCACUUCAUUAUGGUAUUAGACUAGGGAGGCCAGUUUUACCACUUCAUUAUGGUAUAGACUAGGGGAGGGCAG